AUUUUAAAAAAAGGAUAAUUUUAAAUACACGUGUGGAUAGAAAAAAUUCUUAUAUAAUAUUUCAAAGGCACUAUGUCAGUAGGAAAUUUCUCAUUCGACAUUGAAUUUAUUUAUAAAUUUGGCUGGUUUAUGCAUUCAAAUUCAAUGUUAAGUUUCCGUAAGUUCAGAUCGUUCAGUGACCUGCCAACUUUCAGUCAACACGCUUUUUUUUCAAAUUAAUUUAUUAUUUAUUUUUAUAAAAAUGGAAAAUCCAAUUUACGAAAACGUAAUAAAAUUAUACAAUGAAAAUAAAUGGCGAGAAAUUGUUGAAUUAUUAAAUAAUUGUGAUAUUGAAAAUAGUCGACAAUUACUUUGGGUAACGCCGAAUUUAAAAAAUUUAUCAUGGAUCACUAAUAUUAUAAAAGAAACAAAUUUAAAAGGAAUUAUCAGUGUUGGUUGUGGUUCCGGUUUACUCGAAUGGUUAAUUCAACAAAAUUCCGAUUGUGAAAUUCAUGGCAUAGAAAUUGAUAAAUCAUGGUGGUGCUGUAAAUAUUCACCUCCAAUUUUUCUAAAAAACAUGACAUUCGUCAACGAAACAGAAAAUAUAGUUCAUGUUCCGGAGAAUUAUGCAUUACUAUUUUGUUAUUUUAACAAUGAGCCAGUGUUUUUAAAUUAUUUAUGUGAAUUUAAAGGAAAUGUCAUUAUUGUCAUUGGACCAGCUGAGGGACAAAAUCGUUACACAAUGCCUUUGCCAUUUGAUAAAAAAUUUAUCGAAUACGGUUGGCAAUUAGGCAAAUCGCAUGAAAUCUCAUUGUCCAAUGACUAUAUCUGUGUUUAUUUUAGAUAGUUGAUUUUUGUUUUUUUGAAAAAUAAAUAUCAUCGGCUGUGACGUUUAAUAAAAUACUUUGAUGUAAAUCA